UCCCCGGACCGCCGCGUCCCGUUUGGCGGUGGUGGAGUCCGGACAUGGCUGUCCCGGAACAGCGUUGAGUCACAACAUCGACCGACAAAGGCUCAACUAUAUCGCGCCAGACUCGACAACUCUCCUCCCCCACAUAUAUAAAAGAGAACAGAAAAACAACGAGGCGCUACUUGGACGACGUUUUCCCCUCGACUUAUCUCCUCACAACCUCUCUCACAACAACAACCUUCCGUUAAUUUGUUUUUUUUUCCGUUCCGGGAUUUUCACCUCAAAUGUACGUUCUGGGCACUUGGGCCGACAUGAAGCCAGAGAUCACCGCGGCGGUGGGCUUUAUCUGUAAGCUCUUGCAGACCAAGGCCACGGUGGAGGAGCGGCAGCUGCAGACCUUCUGCCAGUCGCUGCAGGACCUGCUGGCGGAGCACUAUAAACACCACUGGUUCCCCGACAAACCGUGCAAAGGCUCCGGCUACCGGUGCAUCCGGAUCAACCAUAAAAUGGACCCCAUCAUCUGGAAGGCGGCCAACAGGAUCGGGCUGAGCAACGAGCAGGUUUACGAACUGCUGCCGAGCGAGCUCACGCUCUGGGUCGACCCCUACGAAGUGUCCUACCGAAUCGGCGAAGACGGCUCCAUCUGCGUGCUGUACGAGGCGCAUCCCAUCGUCCACAGCCACCACCUACACCUGGGGGCCGGCUCGCCCGUGACCAUGGUCGAAGGCAGCCGGACAAGUUGCAAGGGCGAGUUGUUGAUGAGCAGAGCCGCUCCUUGCAAAACGUACAACAUGAUGACCGUAUCCAGCUAAUUCACCAAACGUAAAAAAAAAAGAGGGGGCUGCAUUUGCCAAUGGCCAGGGGGGUGGGGGGGGGGGUUUGAUUUGAGGGGGAGGAAAGGAGUCCGGCUUCUCAAGACCCACACUGGGCUUUGUUUUGAAGCUGAUAGCACCUCUUAAAUGUUAAGGAGAAGCUGUGUACCUCUCACAGGCUGUCUUUUCUAAACUAAGGCACCAAAUCCAGACCAAAUAAUCUAUCGACAGAAGGGGAAUUGAUAACUGCCAACUGUUUGCCCCCUUAACUCAUCAGUGGUAUUUUGCCACUUGCCACUUUGCUUUUUAAAAUACUUAAAAAGGAAAUUGAGGUUGAGGCCCCCAACUUGGGGAUGCUACUUGCUCUUCGGAUUGGGUUUGACAGCCUUUGUGAAGUUACAAGAGCCAACUGCGCUUUAAUGUUUGACUACCCUCCUUUGAAAUAUCUGUACAUUACUAGCCUAGGGUCUUGUUUUUAAGCACUGUUACAGUGAAGUGGAUGCAGACUUGUUUCUCGUCCUCUGUGACCAGGUAGUUUCACAAAUGUCGAAUUUGUGAAUUCUAUUUUGACCAUCUCUUGAUACUUGCUAAAUUAUGAACUGCUGUAAAUUUGUACAGUUCAUGUAUAUUGAUUGUGGCGAAAGUUGUACAGAUUUCUAUUUUGCAAGAGAAAUUUUUUGUCUUCUAUUGUAAUAAAAUGUUUCCUAUCUUGCCAUUUUAACAAGAAACAAA